AUGGUGGUGGCAGCGGUGGCAAUAGUAUGGCAUGGUAGCGGCGAAGGUGGUAGUAGUGGUGGUGGUGACGGUAGUGGCUACGGCGAUGGUGAUAGUAAUGGUGGCGGUGACAUAGAGAUGGCAGUGUGGCAUUGUGGCGGCGGCGACGUCGGUAGUGGUGGUGGUGACGAUAGUGGCUGCAACAAUGGUGAUGAUUAUGACAUGGUGGCGGCGGCGGUGGCGGCGACGACGAUGGUCAUGGUGGUGGUGGUGACAGGCGAGCCGACCCAUUUUGCCACCUUUAAUGGUAGCGGUGGUGUAGUGACGGCGAUGGCGGUAAUAGUGGUGGUGGGCUACGAUGAUGGUGAUGGUGGUAGUGAUAAUGGUGGUGACAGUGACGGUAGGGGUGGUGGUGACGUGGAGGUGGUAUGA